AGAAGAAGGAGCAGAAGAAGAAGAAGAAGAAGAAGCGGAAGCGGAGAACAAUGGCGGCGCCCGGUGCUACGCGCGGCGUCUUGUCGGAUGUUCAGAAGAAUCUCGCGGAGGAGAACAAUAAGAGGAAAGCCGUGUGUUUGCUCGUGCUUGGCAUGGCGGGAUCCGGAAAGACCACCUUCGUUCAGAGGCUGGCGGCUCAUCUUCACGGCCUCCAAAGCCCUCCUUACGUCAUCAACCUGGACCCCGCCGUCCGCGACGUUCCCUUCCCUGCCAAUAUCGACAUUCGAGACACGGUCAACUACAAAGAGGUGAUGAAGCAGUACGGCCUGGGACCCAACGGCGCCAUCGUCACCUCGCUCAACCUGUUUGCCACGCGCUUUGAUCAGGUGAUGCAUUUCAUCGAGAAGAAGCAGCAUGAUCACAGGUACGUCCUGAUCGACACGCCCGGCCAGAUCGAAGUGUUCACGUGGUCGGCGUCCGGCAGUAUCAUCACGGAAGCUCUGGCGUCGUCCUUCCCCUGCGUGGUGGUCUACGUCAUGGACACGUCUCGCAGCGUCAGCCCCGUCACCUUCAUGUCCAACAUGCUGUAUGCCUGCAGCAUCCUCUACAAGACCAAGCUCCCCUUCAUCGUGCUCAUGAACAAAACGGACAUCAUCAGGGAAAGCUUCGCUGUGGAGUGGAUGAAGGACUUUGAGGCUUUCCAGGACGCCCUGAACCAGGAGAGGUCCUACGCCAGCAACUUGACGCGCUCCAUGAGUCUGGUCCUGGACCAGUUCUACUCCAACCUGAGGGUGGUGGGCGCGUCGUCGGUGACGGGCAGCGGCUUGGACGAGCUGCUGGUGAUGGUGCGGGAGGCGGCCGACGAGUACGAGCGGGAUUAUCGGCCGGAAUACGAGCGACUCCGCAAGCAGCUGCUGGAGGUCCAAAGCGGAAAACGCCAAGAGCAGCUGGAGCGACUCGGCAGGGACCUCGGCGCCGUCCGCAUGACAACCGAAUCGGGCGCAGAAACGGCCAGCACUGGCGGGCCCAGUGACCUCAUCAUGACUCGCGGCGCCCGCGACUCCGAAGACGACGACGACGAGGCGGCGAGCGACGCGGAUGACGUGGACCACGGCAUCCGUGCGGCACUCGUGGCCGGCUCGCUGCGACUGAAGCGCUCCUCGCUGUCAGAGUUUGAACCCCCGGCUUCCCACGGCCUUUUUCCAAACGUGCCCAUUCCCGUCCCUUUUGGGCACACGCGCACGAGCGGGGGCUCGAGACAAAGAAGGGGUGGAGGAGAGCAAAGAGGAGGAGGCCUUUGGAAAUUUCCUGCGGGAGAGGAGGGAGGUGGUGGAGGUGCGAAAAAACAAGUGCCGCUUCCCCUCAGGCCCUUGACUCGGAGCGCAAUCAAGAUGUCCUCAAAGCCCUGCCCCCUGUCCUUGCACGUCGGACUCGGCGCCCGUUGCGGGCUCUACCCGUCGAGUCGGCUUUAUUUUCUGUCGCUCUCCCGACACACGCUUGCGCGUCGGGCUCACCGAAGCCUCGAAACGGGGCCCAGAGCCGGCGGCGCCCCUUUUCCGCCCGGUACUCACCCGAUUCGAAUCGUCGACUCCCGACGAUUCGAAUCGGCCGGGAGCGACGGGCGACGACCCGCGCCCGAAACGGUCCGCAGCGCGCAUCAACCGAAUCGGCGGACGGAGGCCGGCGAGAGCUCGAUGCCGGCGACGGACGAGGUUUUCCCGCACGCUUCCAACUACUCGGCGGCCCUUUGAGCCGUCGGCGUGCCGCUCGUCCUUGGGGACGCGUGACGUCUCGUCAAUGGAGCCGCUCGUUGGGCCCCGCGGCUGCUUCUUCUCCCGGUGACUCCGCGGUCCAAAAUAGGCGGACGUGUACGCCACGCGAUGAGGACGUCCCUUUCAUAUGCACUCUACGUCUUGAAUUCGGGAUGCAAACGACAAUCUCCUCUGUGACAAGGGAACCGUUGGGGCUAUUUUCAUGUGCUUUACAAAAUGCAAUUCCAAAAAAAACAAACAUGACAGUGUCAUCUUGAGGGCGGGGGUGGGGGGGCAUAAGACAAACCUACGGUUGAAGCCAUUUUGCAUGAGAGACUUCAAUAAAGAACAAGCAGUAACUCAA